AUGAGAUCGAAUAAAAAAUUAUUACAUUAUGGUGCAUUAGUCUCUAUAAUUAUUCCAGAGAAUUAAGGAAUGUUUUUAUAUUCUGAUGGUUUUAUCAAAAAUAAUAUUAGAGCAGAAUCAUUCACAUACGGAGAAACUGACUUUUAUGGAUGUUUGUUUUUAAUUACACCAAAAUAUGAAACAAAAAUGUUGACUUCUAUGAACAAAUAAAAUAUUUAAGAUGACUAUUCCUAAAUUAAUUAAAAAAAUUUCGAUUUACUCGUCAGAGAAUUGGAAACAAAUGAUAUGAUAUUCUAAAAAAAUAAAGGAAAAGCUAUAUCGUAUGGAGAAGAGUUUCAACUGCUUCACUUUAAGUCAAGAAAAUUUUUAUCUAUAAACCAAGACAGCUAAGGUGGAGAACUAUAAAAUAAUUAUACUCUUCGAUUGUCUGAGAUUUCAAACGAAAAAACACUUUUUAAAGUAGGAGCUGCCUUCAAGCAUUAGUCUGAUUCUUCCAAAGUUGUAAAGUUUGAAGAUUUAAUACACUUUUGUUGUUGUCCAGACAGGGAAGCAUUUGUAUAUUAUGUUAAAAAAAAAGAUAAAGUAUCUUUUAAUAAACCUAUGAUAUUAAAAUCGCAAGUAGAUAUGAACUAGAGCCAAGAUUUUACAAAAUCUUUAAAUAAUCAAUCAUACUCUGAAAUAAGCAGUGUUUAUAACGAUUAAUAAGGCGAUGAUCAAAAAUAUUAGUUCUAUGUUGGUUAUGAUAAAAAAUGCUAUUUUAAGUUAAAGUAUUUUAGUGAACUCGAGUAGAAUACUAAUUAGAUAUUCUUUGGAGAUAUUUUUUGCAUAAAUAGCUAUGAAAAUAGUACAUUCUUACAAUGCUUAGUAACAACAAAAUAAUCAGAGCCUUAGAGAUAACCAAAAAUCAUAGCAGAAAAAACAUAGCUUAUACAUAUUUAAAAGUUAAAAGAUGAUUUAAAAGUACAAAGAGAUAGGCAUAACAAUGCCAUACUCUUUUUUUAGGAAUCCAACAACUUUGAUUACAAUUCUUCUUUGUCUUUAUGGAAAAUUGAAGGCAAGGAAAUGAAUACUGGAGGUUUUAUUUAUGAAGGAGAUUUAUUCAGAUUAAAAAACAUAAAAACUAACAUGUAUUUAAUGGUUAAAUCAAAAGAAUAAAUUAAAUCUCAAGAAUUGAAGAGAGAGUUCUUAGAAAGAACUAAAAAUAUUGAUUAUCUUGAUAAAAAGGAGGAGCUUUAUCCGCAGUUUUUGAUAUAUCUUGUUUCUCAUGUUAUUUAGCCUUCUGUUUACGAGCAAAGUGGUAGAGAUAUUUUUUUGAUUGACUAAAGCCAAAGUGAAAGUGGUACAGUUUCUUUUUAAUACACUGAUGAGGAUACUCUGUUUACUUUUGAAAAGGUAAGUAAUCAAUAGGUUUAAACAGAGGGAAAUAACAUUAGUCCGCUUAAAUAUGAAGAUUUUUUUAGAAUAAAACAUUUUAAGACUUAGCAAUAUUUUACAGAGUACAUUAAAAAAGAAAUAGAAUAAGGUGAUGACUCAGGUUUUGAGUAACUGUUGAGAUAGAAAUAUUUUACCAUAAAAAUGAAGCCAUCAGUUGAAAAAAGAGAGGUAUUCAAGCUUUACAAAUCUCAACAUUAGGAGAUAUGGGAAACUACUUUUAUGCUAUCGUGCAUACCUGUAAUUAGAAAAAGAACAAAAGAUCUAAAAAAUUUAAAGUCUUUUAUUAUUCAUCAGAAAUCUAAUACUUCUGAUAAGUAAUUUGAUAAAUUUAGACAAAAAAUAAAAAACUUAAAUUUGUGUUUAAAGAUGCUGCAUGAAUUUUGUUACGAUGAAAACGAAAGGAUGUAAGAUAUGUAGUUAGACGUCCUUUCAUUAGAAAUAGGUUUAGUUAAUGGGAAGCGUUAAAAAUUAUUAAAAUAGUAUGAUUUAAUUACUGACUGUGCUCGAAUUAUUAAAGAAAUUGAUAAAACGUUUUAUGUUAAAAACAAGAUUUUAACAAAAAAUAAAAUUGAAUAGGUGGAAAAUAAAAAUGAAUAAGUGGAAAAUAAAAUUGAUUAGGUAGAAAAUAAUAUAGAAGAAGUAUAAGAAACUCUUAUACUUAUUUAUUAGUUUUUGAUCAAAGCAUCUUUCAAUAACCCAGAUAAUUAAUUAGAGUGUGCUAAAUACUUCCCCUUAAUGGUUGAGCAUAUUGGUUUAAAUGUUGAAGCAGAAAAGUGUAUCAGAUAUAUUCUGGCUGAUAAUAUAAAGCUGCUUCAAUCAGUUGAUUAACCAUUAGUGAAAAGUAGAUGCUUUUUAGGAGAUGAGUAGGAAGGAUAAAAAUAAUAUGUAGAAUUUAACAGAAUAAUAGAUGACUUAAUUUCAAGCUCAAAAAAUCAGUUUUACUAAAAUUAAAGCAAUAAUUCUGCUAUGGACUUAUCUCCUUAUACCAGGGAACAAAGCUUUACUUUAUCUUAGCACUUUUUAAGAAGAUUCAAAGAAGCUCAAUAAAGCUUAGAUUAGCAAAAGUAUGAUAAAAUGUGGCUGGAAAAAUAAGAAAUUUUGCACUACUUCAAUAGUAUUAUCAAGUAUAAUUCUAUUGGCCUAACUUACAACUAGACAGAAGUUGCUAAAAUUAUCAUCAAAGGAACUUUUGAUUAGAUGCAAGGUUCUGAGUCAUAUAAAUAAGAAUUAUACCCAAUUAGAUCAACAAUUCAUAAUUAACUUACUUUCAAAAUAAAUGGACGUGACUAAGAAUUUGAAGAAUACCUAAUUGAAAAAGACAAUAACAAAAAAUACAGAAAAUUUUUAUAAAUAUAAUUGAAAUUAUAUGCCAAUCUUUGUUAUGGAAGAAAUUAUGAGUGUAUCAACAAAAUUAAAGAAAUUAUAAGCUUCAAUGCUCUAAAACACUAUAUAUAAAUGUUCGAGAAUAAAAUUAAAAACGGUUAAGGAGAUAAUGAUGUUUUAGAUGACUUUUCUUCAUCCUUAUAUUCAAUUAUUUACUGCACGUAUCUAGAUAAAUAACCUUAUAUUGAAAGAAAAGUACCUAAGCUAAUUCACACUUAUCAUAUUUAUAAUUUCCAACACAGGAGCUACGAUAAUUUUAAAGAACGUAGCCAUUUAGCAUAGCAAGAUAAUAUUGGUUUUUCUAAUUAGUAAUCACUUGAAAAAGAAGUAAUCAAUAAAUUAAACUUAGAAAAUGGAGGAUAGAGCUUUGAUUAGGUUUAAAGUGCAAAUAAUUCUCCAGAACCACUUUUGAAUAUAAAUUAGCAAAAUGAAAAUUAGUAUAACAUAGAUAUAUCUUUUAGUAAUUCUUUCUAAUAAAAACGUCAAAGCUCAUUAUAAAGAAGCAUCAGUUAGCAAUCUUAAGAAAAAAUGUCAGUUGAUUAACUCAAAGAUGAUGAAAAAUGGCUAAUUAGUAAUGUUAAAGAUUUUUUGAAAAAUUUAAAUGGAAAAUAAAAUAGAAGAGCAAAUUUGAUUGUAAAAGUCGUUCGCUUAAUAUAAAAACUUUACAGUUUUGAAAGUAUAAAAGAUAAAGAGGAUUAAAGAGAAAUAUUUGAAGCGUUGAUAUGGUUGUUUAGAAGCUAAUUUAGUCUUAAAAAGCUAAAUAAAAUUAAUUAAGAUGAUAAUGUAGAGUCUUCCUAAAAUCAUGAGAGAAGAAGUAAAGUUCUCAGUGAAUAUUCAAUUUAAGAAAAUGUCUAAGUUGAGAAAUCUGAAAAAGUUAAAAAAAUAGUCAAGAAAAUACCUAAAAUUUAAGAUGAUUAGCUACUCUUUUACACCUAAAUUAAAAAUUUAAAUGAAUUUAUUAGGUUAAUUGAUGAAGAGAAAUCUAAAGAUGCUAAAGUUAAAGAAGAAAUUAAAUACAACAUUUAGACAAAAAUGACAAUCAUGCAGAUUUUUAAACAAUAUAUUGAUCUAAGAAGAGAGAAUUAUCUAAAAAGCAUAAUCGAUUUUAUAAUUAAAAUUCUGCCUGAUAUGGAAAAUUCAGAUGAGAGAAAAAUUAAAGAAAAAUUAGAAAAUGAAAUUGAUAUUUUGAUGCCAUCUAAUAAUUUACCUGAUGAGCCAUUUUAACUUAAGGAGAAAGAAGAUUUCGAUUUAUUAGGUGUUACCUCGAAAUUCGCUUCAGGACUUGUUAGUGGUAUAACAAAUAAUCUAAAAGAUGCAGUUGGAAAGGUAAUUGGAUCUGAAUAGAAAGAAUAUGUUCUAUCAAAAGAGGAAUAACCUUCCAUACAUAGCUUAGAUUUCUUCUUAGAAAAAGAUGAUGAUAAUAAAAAAAAUGAAUAUCAAAAAGAUGUCAAAAGCUCAUAGAAAUUUAUUUGGAUGCUCCUCAACACUUUUUUGAACUCCUCAGACUACAAAUUAAAUUGCUCUAUUUUAAAAAUUUUGUUUUUUAACUUUUCUCAGUGCAGAAAUUUAAUCAGAUCAGUAAAGUAGUGUUAGAUUAUUAUUGAUAGAGUUGACAAAAAUGAAGAAAAAAUAGCAAAAGAUUUAGAGGAACGCAUAAAAAAUUUCAACAUUUAAUGUGAAAAAAGUGAAACUUGGUUUAUUGAAGUUACUAAAAAAUAAAACUAGGAAACUAUGAAAGAUGUGUCUAGCAAGUUAAAAGAUUUAAAUUAUAUGUUUUUUUGUCCAAAAUUAAUAACAAAUUAAUAAGGGAAUCUUAUUUAUGAAGAAAAAGAGAAAAAGCCUGAAAAUAUAAUUAUGAGCAGAUAAUUUAUGAUAAGAAAUUUGGAUGCUCAUAAUUCUGUCAUAACUUUAAUUAAAGAUUCUCUCAAAAUUUUCAAAUCCUUUAAAGAAUAUGAUAACACUGUUGAAUAGCAGGUCAUCUACAUAGAGUGUUUUACAUUUUUAAAAUAUUUUUGCAUUGGUGGAAAUAAGCUGAAUAAAAAAUUGCUUUACAACCAGAUAGAUUUUUUCAUGGAAAUGCUUAAUUACUUAGAAUUGGGUCAAACAGAUUUAAUCAUAGAAAUUUAUAAAGACAAUUACAAAGCAAUUACAGAAGUUAAUGAUGUAACAAUUAAUGCUGUUUUAAAGAAAAUAAUGCACUUUGAGGAUUCUUAAAACCAAUAUGAGGAAAGGGAAUAAAAAAUAAGUUAAGGACACUUACCAAAAUAUGUUGAUUUUUUUUACUAAAUAUGCAUUUUUAAGUAAGUACCUGUUUAGCAAAAUAUACACAAAAUUAUUAUAGCUUUAUAAGAUUUGGCUAAUUUGUAGGAUUUCUUAUUCAUGGAAAAGGUAGUAAAUAAAAACUAAUCUAGAAAUAAUUAAGAUUAGAAUAGACUUUACAAAGAUAUGAAAUAAAAGGAUGAAUAUUAAUUUUGUUUUGACAAAUUAUCAGUGGAAUAAUAUGGUAAUAAUAACAUACCUUAUGUUUAUCAUUCUAAAGUCUUAGAAUUGAUAUUGCUAUUGCUAGAAAAUUCAGAUCAAGGUGCUAAAUAUUUUGUGUAAAAACUCAAAAAUUUAUUACCAGCAAAAUACCUUCUUAGGGAAAUGACUAAAAAAGGAGAUAUAUUUUGUAGUCAGGAUUUACCAUAAUUUUAUUGCUAUACUUAAAUUAAGAGGUAUUGCUUCAAGCUAUUUAACAUUUUUUAUUGCAACUAAGAAGGUCUUAAAGAAAUUUAAGAUAUGAUUAAGAGAAUGGAGAAUAUGAAUUAGUUCAUUUACAUAGAGCUUUUUAAAGUUUCUGAAGCUCUUUACAGAUAUUUUAACAUCCAAGAAUCUAAAUAAAAAGUCAUCAAUUUUAAAAAAAGAGAAAAGAAUAGCAAUAUAUCCAAUUUCGAUAUAGAUAAUAUUUUAGGAGAAAAUAUUAUAGAUAAAGGCGAAGUAGAUAAAAUGCAAGAGGAAAAAUAAAAGGAUUACAAUCAAUUAGUCAAUCUUUUGGUGUAGUAGUAUCCUUAUUUAAAUGAAGCCAAAGAAAAAAAAUUGGUUAAACUAUCAGAGUACUUAAACCAUUUGUUCAAUGAAGUGUGGCCAGUGAUUUCUUUUUUAUUUAAGUAAAUUGAAGAAUACAAGCAAGCAGUAGAGUAAUCUAGCUAUGGAGGAAUAUAAAAGGAGGACUUUGAAUAAUUCAAGCCAUAUACUUAAUUCAAAGAUUGGUUUUUAGAAAGUGUUGCCAUUCUUCUUAUGUAAAGCUACAACAGUUGCAAAAAUAAUGAUAAAGUUGCUGUUGAUAUAUAAAAAGAAGUUGUUAUAGACGAAGAAGUUGCUGGAGAUUUUAAUAGAUAUAUUAAGAGUUAUUAAAAAGAUUUGGGUAAGAGUUACGAAGACAUUGAAAUUCAACAAAUAUUUUUUGCGGUUAAGCCUAAAGAAAGGCUUAUUCUCAACUAUCAAAAUCAAAUUAAUUAUCCUAGUGUGGAAAAUAUCAUCAACUUACCUCUAUAAAAUAUAUUAUCUUCAAAAAAUAAUAAUGACCAAUUUGUAAGAAAGUGCCUUCUUAACAUCUUAAUCAACCCAAAAAUUAAAGAUAACAUUGUGUAAGAAAGAAAAAAAUUGAUUUACUGUAUCUAAUCAAUUUAAAAUAUCACAGAAAAUAUUGACUUUCUAUCAUUAGAAUUUUUGCUAUAAAAAAUUAUUCAAUAUAUCCCUUAAUGCUUCUAGGAAUUUGUGAAAGGACACAAUAAAGAAGAUCAUAAUAUUUUAAUUGAAAUUUUGAGAUUUUUGCAUGACUUUAUCUUAUACUCCUAAGAGGAUGAAGAAGUAGAUAUAGAAAAUAAGAAUAAGAUUAAUUUUAAUGAAGAUGAUGAAGACACCAUUAAAAAUUUAAAAAUAUAAUAAGAUACUCUAGGUAUAUAAGAUAUAGGAGAUUAGAAAUAAGAUACAAGGAGUAGAAAAAAUGCUAAUGAUUUUACAAGGAAAAAACAUUAAAACCUAUUAGCAAAAUUCAAUCUUCCUUAUAUUCUUCUUGAAACUCUGUGCUCUGACUCUAACAAAGUAGACUACUUUUAAAAUCAUCUCUGCAGAAAAAUAUUUAAUUCUGUCAUCAUGCUAUUUAUUUAAUUGUUAGAUGGAGGAAAUCUGAUAGUUUAAGAGCAGCUUUACUCAUUUUUUAUAAAAGAAGAAAAUUCCGAAAAAUUUUUUGAAAUUAUACAUCAAUUUUUAAUAUUAAAAAUUUAAAACAAAAAUUCAUAAAAAACAACCAUUUUUGAUUAAGUAGAGUAUGAGUUAGACCAUAUUGAUCUUGUUUAUCGUUCAAAAGAUAAAUUCGUUGGGAUAUUAGAAAUAUUAAAGUUGCUGCAAUUAGUUUGUGAAAAUCAUAAUUCAAAUUUACAAAAUUAUAUUAGACAUCAAACGAAAUCUCGCAAUAAUUAUAAUUUAAUAUAAGAUGUUAUAUAGGUUAUUGAUAGCUAAAUUAGGGUCUCGAAUAAAGAUAAUUUUAAGUAGAUUAAUAUAAAUUAAUAAAACAUUGAAGUUUUGUGCUAAGCUUUUGAAACUUUGACAGAGUUUGUUCAAGGUCCUUGCAAGUAAAAUUAGCUUGAACUUGCAGAGUCUCCUAUUAUAGAAAUUAUUGCUGGCAUAUUAGAUUUAGGUUUGGAAAAAGAGAAAAUGGGAAGAGGACGUAGAAGUACUGAUAUCAGGAAUAGUUAAAGACAUAGCUCUUUAAAUCAGUUAAAUAAUAAUAAGAGAUAGAGCUUAAAGUAUAUUUAUGAUGAAAACGAGUUAAAGGAAUAAACUUAGUUAAAGAUAAUCAACUAUCUUAAGCAGGAAGUUAAAUCAGAAUAUUUUAAAAAUUUAAUUUAGAAAAAAUUUAGUGAAGCCAAUAAGUAAGAAGAUUGGAUGAUACAAAAAGCAAAAUAUAAAUCACUAAUAACUAUAGAAAGUAUUUUAGAAGGUAAUAAGGUUAAAAAAAUUGUUAAAAAAAUUGAAAAGGGUAUUAACAUGAAGUUGUUAAAUCUCAAUAUGCUAAGCACUUUCAAUAAAUUCAAAAUAGCAAAAUAAAAAGAAAUUCCUUACACUGAAGAACUAUUUGGAAGGGGUGAUGUAGAAAUUGAGGAUAUUGUAAAACAAAAUGAGAAUGAAAAUCAGAGUGAUAAAACCAAUAAGAAAGAUGUUAAUUUAAGAUAAUACUGUGAUAAAGUAAUAGAAAUAGGAUUUAAGUGUUUAAUAUUAAAAAAUUAUUAUAAUAACUUGACUGACGAAUCCAACUAUGAUAAAGAAGAAAAUGAAGGAUAAAAGAAAGAUGCCAAUGAUGAAGAUGAUGAGGAUGAGGAUUUAGAAGACUAAGAUUAUGAAGAUUUAAUUGAUGAUGAAGAUGAAGAUGAGUCUCAAAGUUAUUAUGCACUUAAAGUAGAAAAUAAUGAUAAUUAAGAAUAAGUAAAUAACGGAAUUUUAAAGAAUAAAUAACCUAACUCAAAUUAGCCUUAAAUAAAUCAUCAUGAUAAUGCACAUUCAAAUUAAGGAAAUUAAGAAAAAUAUGAAAUCGAAUAGCCUUAACAAGAUUAUAUUGAUCUAUAUUAAGAAAACACCGAAUUAAAUAAACGUCCAGAUUAAGUAUUCUUCCAAAAAUAUUUGAUAGAAUUGGAAAUCAACUAUUAGGGUUAACUCUCUAAAGUAUAUUUUCCAAAGCCUCCAAUUGCUAAUAGUUUGAACCAAGCUUUAGUAAAACGUUUUGAACUAGAUGCUUAGAGGUAAAGUACAAAGGCAAAAGUAUUAGACUUGUAACAAAAAUCUCAGCUCUUGAUUUCAGAGAUGAAAUAUGAAUACCAAUUUAAUAAUUUAUUGCUAAUGAUAAUUCCUAAAAACUAGUUUCUGAUUAAAUUUUUAAACACCAUCUUAAAAAACAAACAAAAAAAUCAAAAAAAUGAUGAUGAAGAUGAUGAAAUUUAAAACUAAAAAAAUGAAGAACAGCUAAACGUUGAUUUACUUGAGACAUUCAACUUUUGGUCUUUUAUUUUUACUAUUAUCUCUAAUUUGUGUAUCAUUUUAGUACUUGAAGAAAACCAUACUAUGAACGGUUAAAACAUUGGCAGUUUUUUAUAAAACUCAUAUUAAUUUGAUGAAGAACCUUAUGUGAAGAUUUUUGUCUAAUUUAAAUAAUCUGACUUUAUAAUAGUUUUUUACAUUUUCUCAAUCUUUGCUGUGAUCUUUUAAGCUUUAGCUUUCUUUAUUUAUUGGUAUAAGAACCAUUAAUUCUUAUUCAGUGAGUAUGUAUUUAACAACUAGAAAAUAGUAAAGCAAAAACAAAGAGAAAUUAAGUAUAAAUAAGAUAAAUUAGAUGAAGAAAAUGAAUAAAUAUAAGGGAAAAUCUUACGUAUUUGGUACAACUUUCUAUUUUACUUUUAAUAUAAGCUAUAUUUUUAGCUCAACUAUGAGUUAAAGUAUCGACUUUACUCCAGUUAUCCUUAGAUUAUCCCUUUUUUCUCUUACUAGUGCUUGCAACUAACGAUUACUAUACUUUCUAUUAUAAAUCCUAUACCCUGCGCCUUGAUGGUACUAUUAUAUAUAUUUACAAGAUAUCCAGAACUUAAAAAUAUUCUUCAAGCUAUUUACAAGCCAAGGAAGCAGAUAUUAUUGACUGUAGCCUUACUUUGUUUGUCUACUUACUUUUUCUCAUUAUUGUACUACUAUAAUUUCUAUCAAGAUUUUGAUCCUUAUUGUGUAUCUAUAUGGAAGUGCUUUACGUUUAUUUUAGUCCAAACUUUUGUUGCAGAGGGUGGAUUCUUGGGAGUAAUUUUUCCAGAUUAUACUGAUAAUUGGGGAUUUACUUUAAGAAUAAUAGCUGAUUUUGCUUAUGUCUUCUUUAUAAAUAUUUUAGUGACUCAAAUUCUUUCAGGUACAAUCAUUGAUUAGUUUGCCUAGUUGAGAGAGGAGACUUAAGCAAGACAAGAGGACAUAAAUACAGUUUGCUUUAUAUGUGGGUAAAGCGUUUCUGAGUUAGAGAAAAGAAAAAAUAAAAAAGGUUAGAGCUUCAGAGACCAUAUAGAGUUGGAGCAUUCGAAGUGGAAUUAUAUCAAUUUCAUGCAAUACUUAGACUCUAAGAAGGAAACAGAUUUAUCUGGUUUUGAAUCUUUUGUGAACCAAAGACGUUAAAAUCAUGACAUUUCAUGGUUUCCCAUAAGAUAGGACGAAGAAGAAGACAACAAAAGACAAGAAGGAGAUGACAUAAACUUUGAAAAUAUAGAAUAAUAGAUCUAGCUUAAAAAAAAGAAGGAGCUGGGAGGUUUAGAGCAGAAUUGGUAGCUAGUAGGCAUUAAAAUAGAAGAUAUCAAUAAUAGAAUAAUAUAAGUAGAAAACGAAUUAAAGAAGAAAACGAUAAAGAAAAAAGACGAUUGA